AUGGACAACCACCUGAGGUGCAAAGCAAUGUUCACACUGUCGGAUAUUAAUCAAAGGCAAUGGAUGCUCCGACAUCUCUUGGACGACCCAAACUGGUACUUAACAGCAGAGCUUCUUCAUAAUGUAUCAGUGCAAAUGGAAAAGAUGAUGACGAUGCGAGCUGAUGGUGUAGGUCCAUCGACACAGGAUUACACGGAGCUUGGACACUUCGUACCUAAUCUGUUUCACUUCACUGAGCCGAUGAGUCAAGCGAGUGACAUUCACUUCGAUUCAGAUUCCAAAUCUCCCAACAUCAAGCAGAACUUAUUGUUAAACCCCAACUUAAACCUGUCAUUACAUAAAAACAUCUAUAAUGACUUCGACGCUCAUCAUCUUACACAAAAUGACUCAGGAUCAGCUGAUGGCCAUCAAUCACUACCUGCGGCCAAAGUGGUAUCAUACCUUCAGUCAAGCAAAGGGAUUUUCCCGUUCAUUCCCUGUCGAAUUAGGCAGCACACUCAAGAGAACGUUCUAACUUGUCUGAACAGAAGGCUCAAGGAAACAAAUAAUAUGACAAUAUUCUUCCUGGGAGACUCGAAAGUACGAAAUAUCUAUUCUACGUUAUUGAACAUGACGAGCUAUUUGAAAUACAACAUUUCUUUUGCAAACAAAACCGUGCCUUUGGAAAAUUUAUGGCAAGAAUAUUCAAAAAAGGAAUUCAAGCAUGGAGAUUUUGAUGCCAUUUCUUCGAUUUAUCCAAAUUUUCGAGUUGUUAUAAGAUUUCGACUAUUUUGGGACAUGGCUAACCUCCAUACAAGUCAAGAAGUAAUACUACUAAAAGAAUGGGCGUCUGGUCAAAGACCAGUUCCUGAUUUGUUAAUUGUUGGUAUCCCAAUGACAUGGGAAGACCUUUUUCUACACCAUGAGUGCCUAGAUGGCAACUCUCUUCUCAUUCUAGAGCUAGCCUUUGGUUACACAACGUGGAUGCUGUCUUUCCAUCUUAUGCGUAAGGAUUACAAAACCAGUGUUCCUUUGGACAUUGUACACCUUCUUUACAAUUUGCAUAAAGUAAUAGUUCCUCUCCUGAAAGAUGUCUCUCUCAAAACUACAGUACUUGUUCAUGCAGACACACGUCUUCGUACCUUUGGCAAAUUUCCCGGGCAAAGGGGUUUUUGGCAGAACAAUGUCAUACUACAUGAUUCUCUUAUUGACUGGAGUGAAGUUAUCUUCUGGCACUUUUUGAAAAAUAGUAAGGACUAUCAUAAAAAAAUGGACCACAUGUCAUAUGUGAAUUUUCAGUCUAGUAAGGUUUUGCACGAGUUUUUAGACGGAAAUAAAUUUCUAUCUCUACAAAGUCAUUUUACGUCAGCAAAUCAAACAAAUGAACCAGCAUCCAGUAAUUCAUAUGUAAAGGCAAGAAUGGGGCAUGAUGGACAACCUCACAGGGCUGAUCCCAAAGAUCACCUGAGGCGCUUUGGACUUUGGUGGUGGGACACAACAUUAGUCCUUAAUAUGGCAACAAUAUCUCAAUGUAAAAAACUAUAUGAACUUAAUUUACAGAAUCAUCCCUUAUACAAAAGCCAACAGCUUAGGUGUUAUGACCCAAACCAUGCAGGAAAUAGCACCAAUGAGGUUGAAGUACAAAUGAUUCUCAGUCUUAUUUGUAAUUCAGUUGUCACUACUAGGGAAGAAUACUGCUGUUCCUGAUCUGUUCUAUAAGUAUAGCCACUCUUAUUCUUUAAUACAAUAUAUAUGGCUCCAUGUUAACCAGUGUACAUUGGCACUCCAUAAAUUUAAUUGAGCACAUCCUGGUUUUUAUCCAUGUUUAAUGUUUAGACAAAUACUUUGCUUUUGCAUUUCAAUCACUUCAUUCUUAUUUGUAAAUGCUUUACUAGUAGUUCAACAUCAUGGAUGUUAUUCUGCACUAUGAUCUUAAUGAGUUGAAAAUAUU